CCAGCUGGUCAUCUUUUCAUGAACUGAUUUGUUAUAAAUCUCUCAAGUAAAGCAACAUUUGUUGGAGGAUCUUUUGACACAAAAUAAUAUAAAGGAUGUCAAACUUGGAACAAUUUGAUUCCAAUUUUUACCAAUCUAAUUAUACCAUUGAUGAUCAAGAGGAGAGUUAUAAUGAUUCUGAUGCCUAUGAAAAUCUUUAUGGAUCUAGAAACCCUCAAGCCAGCCAGCAGCCCCAGCCCGCCUUUGUCCCACCGGAGACGCUCACAUCAGCAGGUUACACUGGACAGUUUUUCCAACCAGCAUCCAACCCCGAUUAUUAUUCACAGUCUCCUUACAUUGACAGUUUUGAUGAAGAGCCUCCUUUGCUAGAAGAACUUGGAAUUAAUUUUGAUCACAUAUGGCAAAAAACCUUAACAGUGUUAAACCCACUGAAGCCAGCAGAUGGCAGCAUUAUGAAUGAAACUGACUUAGCUGGGCCCAUCAUGUUCUGUGUCGCUCUGGGAGCCACCCUGCUUCUGGCAGGAAAGGUUCAGUUUGGUUACCUAUAUGGCAUGAGUGCCCUUGGCUGCCUUGGCAUUUACGCCUUACUGAACUUGAUGAGCUCUUCAGGGGUGUCCUAUGGCUGCGUGGCGAGUGUCCUGGGUUACUGCCUGCUCCCCAUGGUCAUCCUGUCCUGCUGUGCCAUCUUCUUUUCACUUCAGGGCACAGUUGGAACUGUGCUGGCGCUGGUCAUCAUUGGCUGGUGUAGUCUCUCAGCUUCCAAAAUCUUCAUUUCUGCCUUGGACAUGGAAGGACAGCAGCUUCUCAUUGCCUACCCUUGUGCCUUACUUUAUGGACUGUUUGCCCUCCUAACAGUUUUCUGAAGACUAUUUCAGAUGGCAUUACUAAAUUCUAUUUAUUUAUUGUUCAGAUUAUUCAGGAAAU